AAGCACUAAAAGUUCACUUUAUGCCUGAUAAAUUUACUCCCAGAUGAUAUAACGAAAAUUCUUUUGUCAUUCACGACGUAUACGAUUUUUGUCAUGAGAACUUGACUAAUAACUGUCAAACUGCUAUAAAUAGAAUGUAAUUUUCCCAAAGUACUGUUAACGACGUAUUUACUUGUAUGAAUCUCUUCUAACGGAUAAAACCAAACUUUUGAAAUGACUGACAAAUUCUUCUACUUUGCUUUUGCAAGCAACCUUCUGAAAGAACGCCUUAGCAUCAAUAAUAAAACGGCUGUCUUUAAAACAAUUGCUAAAUUGGAGAAUUUCCAAUUAAAAUUUGCAUAUCAGUCUUCUCGUUGGUGUGGCCAUGUAGCCACAAUUGCUGAAUCAGAAGGUGAUGUUGUAUGGGGAGUGGUCUAUGAAAUGAGCAUUUCAGAAAGGGACUCAUUAGACAAACAAGAAGGAGUUGACAGAAAUAUCUACCAUUCUACAGAUAUCAAAGUGAAGGAUCCCAACGAUGUGAUAUAUGAAUGUCGUACAUACCUACUGUUGAAAAAGGACUUUGGGAAACCAUCCCCUCAGUAUAAGGAUAUCAUAGUGCGAGGAGCCUUGGCAAAUGGUUUGCCAAAUGACUACGUGGAAUUCUUAAAAUCAAUACCUGACAAUGGAUACAAAAACAAAGUGCCGCUUUACAACAAAAUCCUUACUUCAUUAGAAGAUUCAAAAUGAUUCAAUGAACUUAUAUUUAUUUAUAUAUUUUAUAUCAUAUUUUAAUGAUUUCGGAAUUGUUAAAAUUGAUUUUCUUUAUUAAAAAUGUUUUAAAAUGUUCAAAA